GUAGCAAGUACCACCGGCAGAGAGCUAGCAGUGGCACGAGCCAACCGGAUUCACAUUCGCUUCAUAUCCUUGUCCCAACCAACAGCCAGGCAGACGAGCAGCAACAGCGAGGUAGGUGCUGAUUAUCUAUAGAGAGACCGCGUCCAGCGAUGGACGACUUCACCUUCCCUACAACGGCCGCCGCGGCAGAGCAUGCGGAGCCACUGUUCCUACAUCACCACCACCGCCUUCUCCCCUUCCCCCACUUCGCCUCCUCGCCGCUCUGGUUUCCCGGCGACGGCGUCGCCGUUGCACCGGUGGUGGCCGUGGUGAGCCGCCGAACCGCCGACGGCAUGGAAGAGCAAGAGCCCACGUCGUCGGACUCGGCCGCCGGACGACGGUCCAAGGGGGAGAGGGGAGGAGAAGCGGAUGAAGAAGGGGCGGUCGUGCGCGCUACCGGCGCGGACGGCGAGGACAAGAUGGACAAGCUGUGGGAGAACUUCAACGAGGAGCUGGAGGCGCUGCGGCGCGCCGGUUCUUGCCCGAAGAAGACGGCGGCGGCGUGCGGGCUGGACGAGCUGUCGGACACGGAGUCGGAGGCGGGGGAGCGCGGGCGCGGGUGCGCGCCGAUGCUGCGGGCGUCGUCGAGGGCCGGCGCGACGGGGCAGUACUACCGCCGGAGCGGCAGCUGGGUGCUGCUCAUGAGGAUCUUCAAGAGGCUCUUCGUCGUCGAGAAGACGGCCGUCUCCGCCGCGCAUCGGCGCCACAAGGCCAACGCGGCAGAGUGAUGCGUACAUGCACACAGCACACGUACAGCAUGCACAAUCGCCCUGUGAUGCAAAUGCCGAGUGAGUUAAGUUAUACUAGACGGACAUGAGUAAUUAAGCGUUCAUGAUGGGUGUAACUAGAGUCCAUCGGAUACAGAGGAAUUCGGCAUAUAUCACUCCAUUGUUUUGCAUCAUCUUCCUUGCUACUCCUUUUGUUUCUGUAAAAUAUAUAGAAAGUCAAGACCCGUGGAGAUUCUUCUGUA